AUGGAAGCCUCACCAGCGGCGAUUUCGCCAGGACCAACACGUGCACAAGAAGAGGAUGGCUUUUCAAGGAUGUGCGAGGAAAUGAAGACCUGGCUUUCCGGUUCCCCGGCAGUGAAGUGUGUCAAAUCCGCUGAUGAAGGGACGAAAAUGAAGUCGUCAAAAUCGGCUACCGCUGUCUCCAGCAAAGCCAGAUCUUCGAUCCUGAUGCCCAAAGCGGCCUCUGACGCACAUGCAGAGUCCGAGAGGACUACAAGCGAAGACGUGCGCAAACUUGAAGCAGUUACUAUCCUAUCAAAUAGCCCUUCAAAUCCACCAGUUGAAAUUCAGGAAGUAAUGAGCCAGCUUGAUACCCGAGGCCUAACAGCUCAGGAUGGUUGCGGCACACUAGUUGGGGAGCAGCCUGAAAACAUUAAAUCCAUUGAGUCAUCGAAAUCAAUCCCUCGUGCAUCUACUUUACUUUCAGACACUCCACUUCCUGCACCAUUACACAUCAUUCAAGCUGCCACAGCUGAAUUACCUGCUGUUAAGCCUCGGGAAGACGUGCAGAGUGGGCAUAGUUGGAGCGUCAGCAACGUUUGUCCUACAGAAGGGGGGCAUGAAGAUGGUUCGUCUUCGCUUAGCUUCGUUGUCGAACGGGAAGCCGACAGCAAUAUCCCGCAUUCUUCCUCUGUACUCAAAGUUCAGGAAAAGAUUGCGCAUCAACACACUGGCAGGUUCCUGGAUUACGCAACAGCGGAAGGCUCCCAAUGUCUGCUAGGAGCCUGGCUCGCCAAAUUUCCGGCAUUGCCUUCUGUAAAAGUUCCUAACGAGGAUCUCUGUAACGAAUCAUUUGUCCAAUGCGCUAUCGACACAGAGAAUGGCGAGUUUCUUCCUCGCAUUCCACAACCAGAAACGGUUCGACACAUGGUGGGCGGUCCCUGCGAAGGCUACAAUGAUAUCGGCUGGCGACAAUUAAACAUGACAUCGGCGCUUUAUAUAAAGCGGGAGAUGGAGAGCCGAGAAAAUGCGUUGCGCAUGAUUCCGGAGCAGCUCGACCACAAGCCAGAACCGUUGGUCGGAACUGAGGAAGUGCAGUGGCCAAAAGCGAAGUGUGUUAUCCGGCCAGCUGCGCCAUCAGACUUUGCCCAAAUUGCUGAAAUCAUCAAUGCGGAAGCAGCAAAUACAGCCAAUGCCCAAAUUUUCCAAGAAAACUUGGCAAUGGCCGAUGAUGUCUGCAAGAUAUUCGAUGCUUGCAUCGCUAAUAGUAGACCAUUCAUCGUUGCCAUACCUGCCCAAGAUGACUUUCUAGACCAAAGCAAGUGGCCAAAGGACUCCGACGAAGUUUACCAGGAAUUCGCAAAGUACGUGGCUGCAAAGCCAAAACCGCCCGCUCCAGUUGCUGGCUUUGCAUUUGUCUCCGACUACCGGGUGAACUUGUAUGGAGCUCCCUGUCACGCAUCGCGCUAUACCGGGCAAGUAAGGCUAGCAGUACAUCCUGAUCAUCAACGCAAACUGUACGGAUCUGCACUUAUGGAUCGGAUUUUGCUCUCAAUCUCCCCUUUCUGCAGGAGCACACUGGAUUACGUGUGGAAAUGCGACGACCCCAAAGAUGUUUACCAAUUUCCUGUGACGCGCAACAGACGCCAGUACACCCAACUGUACUUUGAGCACUUUUUUGCGCAAGAGGAUAAGGCACCUUAUCAACCGGGGGCUGAGUUUCUCGCAAAGUUUGGCUUCCAAGAAGUUGGAUACUUCAAGAACGCGGCCGUUCGAUUGGACGACCAACACCAUAGCCACUGGCUGAACAUGGUGCUAUGGCAAAGCGAUAUCACGCCCCCUUCGAAAAUAGUGGCUGAACCGCAGUUGUCCGGAUCAGUACAAGGUGACAAUUGA